AUGGGAAUAGUAAAAGAAUUCUUAAUAAGUAAGAAUACCAAGGAAAUUGCUGAAAUGGCAAUUUCUGCACCAUGGGAGUUAUAUGACAUGAGAGAUGAUGAGCUGCUUGAAGAACGUGCAAACUACCAACGUAACGGUGUUUUUGCUGAUACUCUUAAUUCUGUGGUUUUGGAUAUGACUCGGCAAUACUUUGCAAGAGAAAACUAUGACACGGAUGACUUCUUUUAUGACAUGGAUCAUCCAGAACUGGAGAAAACUACACCUUUUUUUCAUGGCUUUAUACCUGGUACUGGUUACAACAACAGAGAAGGCUUUCUUUUAAUUCUAGCUAUUAUCCUUGAUUCUAUAUCUUUCGUUAAAACCUACGAACAGCUGCAAAUCUUAGCAGUUGUCAUUCUGGAGGCUUCCGAACAUGCCGCUCGUUUAACUGUAUACACGGUAGUGAACGGAUACUCGAACCAGGCCAUGCUAUUGAACUUGGACGAUACUCCGGUCAAAAUAGGUUACGUUUCAUCACAUUUCGAUAGUUCUAUUAUCCUGCUCUACCAUUCUUCAUUUGGUUUCAACAUUCAAUAUAUUGAGGAAGAUCAUAUUCGUGAUCUCCAGAGUUUUCGUAUCGGCUUCGAACACUUCUUUGCUAUUAUCGCAUCCCGGGAACAACACUUACUUGUCUGGCGAAGUGAAAAAUUUCAUACCAAGCAAGUCUUGACGUUUCCAAACGCCAUUCAGCUUCAUACAGCUCCAGUGUCUUCAUGCAGAGAUGACAUUGUUGCUCUAUUACUCCAAGACACGAUACCAAACUCCGUAUCUUUACUAAUGUGGCACAGUCAGGAUGAGAAACUGAUUAUGGGUCUAUUUGAGGAAUAUAAGAAGAAUGUGCAGCGUUUAUCAUUCGUCUUGGAGCAUGCUGUGACUGGCUCAAAUGUUUUCAUCGUUGAACACCAAAUCUUUAACAAAAUGAACGUAUUACAUAGAAGCGUUAGUGCUCUCGAGUUAUUGGAAAACUUCAGCUUGGAAGGAUCGCAACUGACUUUAGACGAGUUGAAGUGGACGGUUGACUCGUUAGCUCUAAAAUUGAGUAAUGUUGAGCAAAAUCUGGAAGAUGUUCUUUCAGCUCUAGAAGCUUUCUACUAUAUGAUGAAGCCUCUUAUUAUAGAAAAUUCCCUAGAUAUUAGUGGGAGAAUAAACAAUAUGGAUUUAUCGGAAGACUUGGUAACACUGCACAGAAAUCAUCAAAUAAAGGCGCAUAAAACUAUGAAGGAUGAAAUAUACGUCUACGAAGAUCUAACUGUAAAAUUAAUAGAUGAAACGGAUAUUAAAGAGAUGAAACGCUUUUCUCUUACUGAAAAUACAAUCCAGACAAUGUCUACCAAAGAAUUCAGCCGGGAGAUCUACGUCACUGGCUUAGUGGACCAACUAAAUACUUCGGAUGCGGUGACCCUAACUCUGGAAGACUUUUUGUAUGAUAAGGUGUUUGCUCGAGGAAUAGGAGUAGAGAAAGACGUAAUCGUUGGAAAAUCUGUUGACGCUGUCGACGUAUCUAGCCUGACUCGCUUAAUAAAAAGGAAGGACUUUCACUUACCCGGGAAAAUAACUUUCUUAGCUGGAGUCCUUGUGGAGCAAAACUUGGAUGUUCAAAAGAAAAUCUACGAAUUGGACGUGGGAAUAAUAUAUCAUGAUGCUAUAUUUAAAACUGAUGACAUAGUGGAGAUUUAUUCACUUAAGGCCUUCGAUGCUUUAACGAUUAAAUCUACUACAGUUAACACUAUUAAUGGCUUUAACAUGGAAGAUUUCAUGUUUACCGGGGGCAGGCAGACGAUAAGAGGUACAAAAUUCCUUGACGAGACAAACUUUUCGGACCUGAGAAGUGACUCCAAUAUCGUAGACGAGGUAGACUUGAAAGUCCUCGAGGCAGAACGUGUUUCCCGGAGUUCUGCAAGUACAAUACAAGGUCAUCUUAACUUCUUUGAAAUUCUUUUAGUCGAAAAUGCUAUAGCGGAAACGGUAGAUGGCAUCAUUAUAGAGAACGCUGUCAUGGUUUCUCUUCCUCAGGAAAUUGUGACUAAGAUUUUCAAACCGCAUCUGGCAGAUAAUCGGAGGAAAGAGCCAUGUCUAUCGACUCGACAGGUGAGAGUGAUUGGUGAUGUUGAGGUAGAAACAACGGUUGAUUCAGUUGACUUGACGAAGUUUACGCGAGAAAGAAUAACAAUUUCUUCUAACCAGAAUAUUCUGGUCGAAGUUAUACUAGGUGAUAACGAUGCUGUCUUGAUAGAAGCAGAGAGAGUAAACAACGUUGAUCUUGCUAAACUUUCCAAAAACGUCAUGUCACUCAGCAAAAGUCAAGUCGUAUCUGAAAAGAAUUUCGAAGGUGAAAUUUCGGUUUUUGGAGACAUUAGAACGAGUGCAGGAGUCUCCAACACUAGACUAGAUUUAGUUAAUACAAAUGCUAUCAAGCUGAACGGAAACCAAAUUUUAUUUGGGCACCUUACUUUCCUAGACGUCUUAGGAGUGGCUGAACAUUUCAUUGUUGAAAAGCUUAUAAACAAUGUAAACCUUACGCACUUGGUAGAAGACUCUGUUAUGACAGGAGGUAACCACGUACUAACGAAACCUGUGUGCUUCCAAAGUUUACUCCAAAUAAACGGAGAUCUUGACGCUAUACUUGUGAACGGUUUUCACCUUCCCGAUAAACUACUUACUAGAACUUCCCCUCAAGUAAUUACAGGUUUCUUCGUGUUCGAACGUGGACUGGGCUUAUCCUCAAACCUCUUUACAUCAGGACUAAUAAACGGAGUAGAUGUUUCUUAUUUGAGCGCUACAACAAUGAAUCUGGACCAAAACAAUGAAGUUCUUGGAAAUUUAAAAUUUCAAAACGAAGUAGUAAUGGAGAAGAUCUUGUCCAUCUCGGGGCUAGUGAACGGGAUAAAUUUAUCCAGACUCCAAACUGAAGCGGUUUUGGUUAAUGAAAGGGGCCGUAUAACAAUCCCAAAAACUAUUUCCAACGAAGUUUUUGUGAAACAUAACUUAACGACGAAUGUGGUGAACAACUUAAACCUGGAAGAGUUUGUAGCAGAUGUGACCUGGAUCAUCGGAGAAGAGUAUAUUCCAACUUCGAAAACCUUCACCGAAGAAGUGGUAGUUCUCCACAACCUGGAAGUUUUAGGCCCUACUAGUGUUUCUCCUAUAGAUGGAAUUGAUCUUGCCAGACUAGCCAGAGAUGCGAUUUAUCUUCACCAACCUGAGAAAAUCAAAGGUAACUUGGUAGCAGUACAGAUUUAG